AUGGUCAAUUCAACUCUAUCAACGUUGUCUUAUUUCAUUCUUGAAGCUUAUAUGAUUGUUGGAAGUUUGAAAUACUUAUAUUUUACGAUAAUGAACAGAAGCUUACAUGAACCUAUGUACAUAUUUUCUGGUGGCAGCCUGUUUGUAAAUGAACUAAGUACAGGGUUGUUUCCAAUGCUUCUGGUUCAGAUUCUCUCUGACAUUCACACUGUUUCUGCUUCAUUUUGUUACCUGCAGAUUUUCUGUUUGUAUACAUAUGCAAAUGUAGAGUUUUGUAAUUUAGCCGUCAUGUCUUAUGACAGAUAUCUCGCUAUCUGUUAUCCUUUACAAUAUAACACACAUAUGACAUUUAACAAGGUGUUUAUUUUAAUUAUUUUGGUAUGGUUGUACUCUUUUUUAAAAUUUCUGAUUACUUUAUCCUUAAACAUCCGUCUGACACUGUGUGGAAACAUCAUAAACAGUUUGUAUUGUCAUAACUACCUCAUUGUUAAGUUGGCAUGUUUGGACACCAAAGUGAACAACAUUUAUGGACUUUUUGCCACUGCUGUCUCCAUUUUAGUCCCUCUGCUCCCAAUCAUUUUCUCUUACAUGAAAAUUCUCAAAAUCUGUUUUUCUGGUUCCAGACAGACCAGACAGAAAGCUGUCAGUACCUGCACACCUCACCUUGUGUCUCUCAUAAACUUUUCUUUUGGCUGUUUCUUUGAAAUAGUUCAGACUAGAUUUAAUAAGGACAGUAUUCCCAAUGUUGUACGAAUAAUUUUGUCGUUAUAUUUCUCAGUACUUCAACCACUUCUGAAUCCUAUCAUGUAUGGAAUGCAAAUGUCUAAAAUACGAAAUACAUGUAAAGAUCUGUGCUGUUAUAAAAUGUCCACUGGUCACAGAGAUUCAAUGUAA